AUGGCAGAGGACGGGCCGCCUCCGGGGGCCCCGCCGCAGCAGCAGUCCUUCUACUCCGGCUUCUUUGCGCAGGCCGUGGCGCCGCGGCCGCGUCCCGCCGAGCGCCCCGCGUCGCGGCCGCGGCCGGCAGAGGAGACGCGCCACGCCCAGCUCAACCGGCUGCUCACCGCCAGCCGCGGAGCGAGGGAGGUGCUGGCUGUGUGCGCGCAGCACUCGGCCGAGUUCGACCUCGUCAACACCGUCACGGCUGUGCACCGCGUCGCGAAGGCUCCUGACGGGCGGGCGGUCUGCAGCGACGGCGAGUUCGUGAGGGCGGUCCGCCAGCUGCGCGAGCAGAUUGGAGACUUCAGCCCCCAGCACUGCUCGAACACGGCCUGGGCGGUUGCGAGCCUCGCCUUCUCUGACGCGCCCCUCACGGCAGCUCUCGCUUCCGAGUCGCUCAAGCGGAUCUCGCAGUUCGACGCGUAG